GGUAAUUUGGCUUGUUUACAUACCCAUUCAGCCAGAAAUGAGCCUCAUCGCUGAACAAAAUUUGGCUUGGAAGCGUCGGAUCUUCAAGAGCAAAAAAUGAUCUGAAAAUUGGGAGGGUCGAGCAGCUUCUUUUUUGUGUAAGCCUUAUUUUUUACGAUUUAAAUUUAAAAUCUCGUCGUAAAAUGUGAAAAAGUCGUUCCACACAUCAGUCCGAGUUGCUGGCCGAAUCGAUUCUUCAGUGCAGACUCACAGCUACGGCUGGUAUAUUUUCUUCACUGCGUGCUGAACGUAGUCUAUUCGAUAGGAAAUUAUCUCGUAACGAAUGUUGGCUCUCAAGAUGGCGGGUGGUGUUGCGAAAAGUACGCUCAGUAUGCCGAUUAUGUUGACCAUAAGUUGAUCGAAGCGCGCGAAACACAUUCUUUACAGAACUUGAAUUUUCGUAAUAAAGUUGAACGACUUGUAAACGUUGUAAAAAAGUACCUUAACUUGGAUCACCCGUUAAAUGAAUUUGGAAUAAGUAGGUGUGCAUACGGCAUGUGUAGGACGGUCCUCCAAGCAUUACGAAAGUAACCAAAACUGGUGACGUCAUAGCAUAGCGGCAUCAUCAUUUAAGAAAGAAGCCAAAAAUAAUUAUGUGACGGCACAUUUGAUCGUUUUCUAAAUUGUUAUGAUAUUAAAUAAAUUAUGCCCACUCUGCAGGGGCGUACACUUAUUUCGAACUGUUGAAUUUUAUGAGCAAAAUUCGAAGGGGAGUAAACCCUUCCAUGCGUUCUUUAUGACGCUUGCGUCAGGAAAUUAUCUCCAACUGACAACUUUUUUUCAUGUUUGAUUGCUCAAUAAGAAACUUGGAUAUCGUGAACUACUAGAAUGCUUUUUGGCUUUUGUCUGCUUUCAGUUCCUCCUCCUACAAAGCCAACACCUUGAUUUCUCAACAGGCAUUACUCGUACAUAUAUUUAAAUUCGCUUCUACGAGACCAAGCGAACUACUUCGAAAUUUUAACUAUUAAAUUGCGCUAAAAUUUUAACUCAACUGACACAAAUACAUACAUACACACGUAUUCAUUUAUUCUGUGUGGUAAAGAAAUGAAAAGUGAAAGUGCCCUCAUUGCGCCGAGUUCAAUUUCCAUUUCAAAGGUAAUUUGCUAAUUUUAAAAAUGUAAAUGCAAAUGUCUGGGAAAGCCAAGCCAAUGCUCAUAUGCUCAUAUGCUCAUGGGUGGGUUUGUCAGUUUGUGGGUUCGCUCAUUUCAAGGAAACCAAGCAGGCUAUCCUCGUGCCGCGCGAUUGGCGUAAUACACACACACAUAAACGAGCAGCACUUAAAUGCGAUUAGCGGCACUUCACAUGUCGCACGCAAUUAUGGACAUUUCCACCAACUUACACGCAUACAUACACAUAUAUAUAUAAAUAUAUAAAAUAUAAAGAGUAUGUAAGCAGCACUCCCACAUUUGGCUGAAGGAACCAUUGACAUAAGCAUAAGCCCACGUGCAUUUGUUGGUGUAUGUGUGUGUGUGCAUUUGUACAGUUAUUUGUUUAAUUUUUCUUCGCAUUUUUUAUUGUUGUGGCCACACAAGGCUAUCAGCGUAGCCUAGCUAGUGACUAUGGCAGCUAGCGCGAGUAGCGCUCGACCGUCGCGGCGCUUCGGCGCUUAAUAAUUUUGACUGGUGGCACUUUGCCAAUUAUCGAUUUUCACUUAAUAAUUUUGACUGGUGGCCAUUAAAAAUCACCAACAAACCGCCCGAACUCUAUGGCUCUGUGGGCGACCAUUUCGAGUUUCGGUGGAUUAGCGCACACUUAAAUAGCGAUAUUCAUUUUGCCGAUGGGCAAGCAAAUCUCAAAAAAGUAGCAUAAAAAGUGUUUUUGAAAUAUAUAGAAAGACCAGUGAAAGUGUUUGUCACACACAUUGCUGUUCUAUGAGUAUGCUGGGUUUCGUGUAUCUCUUCUUGAUACUCGGCUGGAUACUGAUUGUGUUGUUUCUCAAGUGCAAAAAGUCGAUCACACCACAUCUCGCCUUCACCGAGCACUACACGGACGCAAUAGCGGCGGGUCGUCGUCCCUCGGUGCACAUCAUAGAAUUGCCACCAGACGAAAUGGAUAACGAAGAACAAUUUUUGGACUCAUAUCAUCAGCAGAGUAACAGCUUGCGCAGGCAUUCCAAUCGCUCGCAACGCUCAGCGCUGCCCGACGAGCGCACCAUAGAAACCACAUAUCCCACAGAUGCGGUUGUGAAUCCGGCGUAUAUGCACGACGAGGAGUACAUCAUCAAUGAUAAUUCCACACAACACGCACAAACACAAGUUAACUCACGCGUGGAAACGCCACCGCCUUCGUAUGAGGAAGUUAUGCGCCAACCGGAGGUGUAUCCUAAAGUACACCAAAGCGUGAGCAAAGUGAGCGACGCGAAUAUUUAAGCGCCACUCGUCCGCCGCGCUGCCCUCCUCUCCGGUUUCGCUUGCACUGGCGGACAAAGUGUACAACCGACAGACUUGUGGGUUGCCGCUGAGUGCGGUGCGUACCUGGAACGAGUGGUGCAUGUGCCUGCAUAUACAUACAUACGUACACAUAUAAGCACAUGCCUGUACAUAGAACCUUCAGCUGUGAUUUUAUACUUAAUAUAAUGCAAGUUUAAUUUUUAUAAAUGUCAAACGUGGUAUAAAUAUAUAUAAUAAAUGGUUAUGAAGCCGCUAUUGAUCCCUCUAAGAGCCGCUUUACGUGA